GUGUCCUCACGCAAUACAUUGCUCAGCGAGCGCACACAGGGAGUGUGAGCAGGCAGUGCACUGAUGAAGGUUGGACUAAGAUGCUGCAAUCUUACUCAGACGCAUGUGGAGUCGACCCUAGCAACAUGGAGUAUGAUGUCAAGGGAACAAUCCUGAAGGCGGUGAAGAUAAGCUACACUGUUGGACACAGCCUGUCUCUGCUGUCCUUGAUUGUGGCACUGACCAUUCUGUGUCUCUUCAGAAAGCUCCACUGCACCAGGAACUAUAUCCAUAUGAACCUGUUUGCUUCCUUCAUUAUGAAAGCCAUUGCUGUGUUUAUUAGAGAUGUGACGCUGUUUGGCACUGACUCUCCCCAGUGCAUCCUUCCUACGCCAUCUUGCAAAGCUGCAGUCGCCUUCCUCCAGUUCAGUAUCACAGCAAAUUUCUUCUGGCUGUUGGCUGAGGGCAUGUAUCUCCACACACUCAUCGUGGUCUUCUUCACUGAGAGGAAAUAUUUCUGGUGGUACAUCGUGAUGGCCUGGGGUACUCCACUGUUGAUCACUAUCGGUUGGACACUUGCCAUGCUGCACUAUAGUAAUACCGGGUGCUGGGAAUCCAUUGCCUCUCCAUACUUUUGGAUUAUUAAGGCUCCGAUUUCUAUGACAAUUUUGGUGAACUUCAUCCUGUUCAUCUCCAUCAUCCAAAUCCUCAUCCAGAAAGUGUACUCAUCAGACAGCAGAGGAAGGGAGUAUAGGCAAUACCUGAGACUGGCCAAGUCCACCUUGCUCCUCAUCCCACUAUUUGGAGCAAACUACAUUGUCUUUGCAUUUGUCCCUGACCAUCUGAACAUCUACUUCCGGAUGGUGUUUGAUCUAGCCCUGGGGUCCUUCCAGGGUUUGAUUGUUGCAAUACUCUACUGUUUCUUGAAUGGAGAGGUACAACUGGAGCUAGGCCGAAAGUGGCGGAGGUGGUGCACUCAGUGGUACCUCGCAACCAAUUCAAGAUCCUGCCCCCCUUCCCUGGAGAGUCACAGCAUGAAAGAGGCCACUCAGCUGUCCAUCGUGUCCUGCUACAAUUCCCAAAUCCAUGCUGCCAACAAUGGCCAAGCUGAUUUCACCAUUGCCUAA